ACCUGGUUGUGUACAAUGUAAUGAGAUGCCUGUUCUCUCGAAUGUUUACAAAUGUGAUGGAUGCCAAUUGUUUAUUAUACACAUUGACUAUGUUUAUUGACUUAGAUCAGCACCUCGAUCUAGCCAUAUGUGUGAACAUGUGCGACAUAUGUGCAUCGAGUAGAAAAACGUUAGAGCCGAAAGAGUAUAUUGUAUAACAUCAGUAAUCCUAUAAUUUGACUCUCAUUGCUAUUUUUGUUGCAAACUAAAAACUCUGUAACGGAAAUCGACGAACACCUGCGGUAAGUAAACUUUGUUAUUCAAUAACCUUUGUUUGAUAUAGACAUUGCUGCAUUUAUCAAACAUUUGUUAUCAAACUGACUCUAUUACCAUAUCUGUUUUAAGGUAUAAACUGCUGAAACUAUGGAUCUGAGCAAUAAAAACAUUGGAUAAACCGGUAACACACACGUACGUAUCGCGUGUCCCUGUGGUAUGUGGGUUCAGCGUUCCGGAGGUGGAUGAUUAGCCUGAAAUACAAUGAUGUACACACGUACUCCAAGGCGCUGAAGCACGAACACAGUCACUAUUAGAAGGUCAGGAGGUAAUGAUUUACUAUGGAUGGACGAUCGAUAUAUGUUAUUUUAUAAGAGCAGUUAUUGUACUAGUCAAGGCCUCCCCUCGAUAAAGCCUAGACCAGCGAUCAAUGUAGUCCACCCGGACUGUCUUAUUGUCAUCAGGGAACAUCACAUGGACUCCUUGGCUUAUUGCCUGAUGAUGCGACAUUCAAAUAAUGAACGACCCUUGUCUAUAAUUUCGAAGCGGAUUAAUGGAUGGAGAGGUCUUAUGAUUAUUCUACUGACGUUGGCUGUGCCUGGGAAUAUAUAUCUUCUAUAUUAUUUCAAAUUUGCUGAAACAUCUGCUCAUCUAAUCCAGACCAUUCCUGCUUGUGAUAAUUGUCAAAAAGACAUUUCAGUUAACAAUGUGGGAAAAAUCGACUAUUGCAAUUUGAACCAAACCAUUUCGGCAGUUCCUCCAGAACUACUUAUUUUCGUUCUUUGUAGGUUCAAUGAUAAUAAAUCGAGAGGCAUUAUUCGACAAACAUGGGGAAGUGUAAAAGAACAAAUGGCAGGCAAUUUUAGGGUAGUCUUUGUUGUGGGCAACGGUCAGUCAUCCAAAAUCUCGUCAGAAUCGUCUACUCAUGGUGAUAUUUUACAAGUAGAUGUCAUCGAGACUUACAGAAAACUUACAGAAAAAGUAACACGAGCCAUUCUCUGGUUUCUGAAGAGAUGCCCCAAUAUUAACUAUAUAUUUAAAACAGAUACUGAUGUUUUCGUCAAUGUGCCUUUUAUAUUGCGAGUCAUCCGAAAAUAUUAUUUGAAGAAUAAAAUAGUUGGGAACUGUUUUAAGUCAUAUGAGAAACCUGACAGACGAAAUAAUAGUAAAUGGCGUGUCUCUGAAAAGGAAUAUCCUGGAUCACAUUAUCCGCCAUAUUGUAGCGGAUCUGGUUACCUAAUGGACAGAAAUACGGCAACCACGUUGUCGGGUGUAUUUAAAGAUACUCCUAUGUUCCCAAUGGAGGACGUGUAUAUGGGAUUUUGUGCGUACAAAACUAACAUUGAUGUGAUGACAGUCUCAGGAUUCCAUAUAACUAGCAUUGGUUAUGAUGAAUUUAGGUUCUGUCAUUGUUUGGCCGUGGUGCACAAACUGAAGUCUGGCAAGCAACGAGAGAUUUGGAGGAGGCAUGAACUCUACUGUGGAAUAAGAUGGCAAUCAUGGGCCGGGUACCCUAUCACGUGCUUGUUCAUGACGUCACACUAUGCUUUAUUGAUACUGUCAGUCGUAGCGAUAAUCAUUAUAUUAGCUGUCAUUGCCAUAGUAUUGUAUAGGAAACGAUUAAAAAAGGAAUUAAAAACUUAGUUCUGAUAUGUAAGGAUGAGAUGAGUGCAUGGGGAUAACUGUACAUUGGCAAUACGGAUCUAAGGUUGCUUAUCAAUAUCUAAAAUGAGAUGUAUGAUGAUCUGCAUCAUUACUGUAAACGAAAAUCUCACAGAGUACUAUUGAUGAUUAUUUAUCCUGUCAACUUACGCAUGUAUAACUUACAAAGACCAGUUCCUUUGUCGUGGUGUUGAGAUUUCACUCAUGCGAGACAAACCGAAGUCAUUGACAUUUUGUCUACUUGCGCAUGUAACUUGAAGACACCAGUCUUUUCGCGUGAUAUUGAGAGUUCACACCUGCGAGACAAACUGAAGUCAAUGACGUUGAAAAUGUCUUCACGCGGCAAUGUAUUGUUGAUAGGGAGAUAAGUAAAGGACUAUAUGCACUUUAGGUCAUAUCUGGCCCCGAUAAAACAUGAUUUUUUUACCGUUGUUGCCAGUCUUGUUUUUGAAAAUAAACUAAUAUAAGAUGAUUAAAAGUU